GGCCUCCCCAGAGACCAGACUCUUGACAUCGAUUUAUUAGGAUCUCGUCUUCUAUCGCGUUGCCAUGGAGGAUAUAGCGUGAUUUAGAGAAACACAAGGAUUGGAAAUAGCCGAAAGCUUCUCAAGAGUGGGGAUUGAUUAGGUCUGACAGAUUCACAUAAAGUACUUUUGAACUUGCUUUCGUAUCCUUUACAUAGCUACAUUGACUUAAGCCAGGUAUAAAGUUAUGGCACUAGUCAAAGAGGACCGCUGCGAGGAGUCUCAUAAGUAUAUGGGUUUUGCUCUGCACCAGGCUAAGCUUGCUCUAGAGGCCCUUGAAGUUCCAGUGGGAUGUGUCAUCCUUGAGGAGGGUAACAUCAUUGCUUCAGGGAGAAACCGAACAAAUGAGACCCGCAAUGCCACAAGACAUGCAGAGAUGGAAGCAAUCGAUGAACUUGUUGGAAAAUGGCGGAAAGAUGGUCUCUCACCUUCACAAGUCGCUGAGAAAUUCUCCAAGUGUGUUCUUUACGUAACAUGUGAACCUUGCAUAAUGUGUGCAUCAGCGUUAUCGUUUCUUGGUAUAAAGGAAGUGUAUUAUGGAUGCGGAAAUGAUAAAUUUGGGGGUUGUGGUUCCAUAUUGUCGCUUCACUUAGGGAGUUCUCAGACCUUUGAUAGUGAAGAAGCUCAAAGAGGAAAAGGGUACAAGUGCAGAGGAGGAAUAAUGGCAGACGAAGCUGUCUCUCUUUUCAAAUGUUUCUAUGAGCAAGGCAAUCCCAACGCCCCAAAGCCACACCGCCCUGUAGUUCAAAGAGAGAGGAGUUAGCCACUUAGAGGCGAACAUGGUUUGAAAUUUGGCAUUUUUUUUAUUAGAAUAUGAAGAAGUUGAGUUUGUCAAAUGGUUAUGUGUGCUUUUGCUACUUUUGGCACAUGAAACGUUAUAAGUUUUAUCUAAAACAUUUGUAUAUCCUCCUAAGUUGGAGAUUUCAAUCUUGAGCUUCUUAGUUAGUUUUCUAACUUAAGUAGUUGUUGUUUGUAAUGUAACCUUUUUUUCUUUCUUGUGUUGGUAACUGCUAGUAUAAGAUUAAAG